AUGGCUAAUUCCGCUACCAUCACCGCAGGCCCGAACAUUGUGCCUCUCCCUCUCCCGCGAAAACUCCCCCCUCCUCCCAACACACCCCCGAUCAAGACACAGAAGCGCGGAGCCACAAUCCUGCCUAAUUUCGUCGGUCUGCGGUUCGCGGUGCACAAUGGGAAGACGUACCAGGAUGUUUUGAUUACGGAGGAUAUGGUGGGGAGGAAGCUGGGCGAAUAUGUUCCUACUCGCAAGCGGUUCACGUACAAGCAGUCCAAGAACAAAUAA